GCGAAGUUCUUCUGAGAAGAUGAGUUUAAUAUUUGCAGUAGAAUGAAGAUACUCUGAAUGAACAGUCAGAAGUAAGUAGUAGGAGGUCUAGUACACUCCAUUACCUCAUUAGCACGUGCACGUCGUUGACGAUGAAAAUGUUUGUGCUUUCGAUGGUUUCGAGGUCCUUAUUUGCCUUCCUCCUUGAUGUAAGGAUAUCAGCCUUGAGGGUACAACGACGAGCAGGCACCUGCAGGGCAGAUCCUGUGCCAGCUUCUCACGACUCUUCCAGCUCACCUUCCAGUAGUACCAGUUUGCCAACCCUCACGACUAAUGAGAGGAGCAAAGAAGACGUGUCGACAAGAGAAGCACAGCCAACCAGAGAGCCACCAGCUCCAACCUCUUCUGAAGAUCUUGCUAGUGCGACCCCCGAGCCUGACAAAAAUGAGAACCUUGCGACCACUAUUGGAAUUCCAUCUUCUGAAGAAGCGGUCCUCGUGGUUCAAAGGCCCACAAUUUUAAUUGCUGUGCUACGUCCUGAAGACCAACAUGCGGAACGCACUAUCAAUGACAUUGAAGAAUUCCUCUCAAAUUUUGCUGGUAGUCCAACAAGUCCUUCUGUUGAAAAUCGUCGAGAAGUGGCCAAUUCUCCAGAAGACACGACGGGCGACGAUGAAGAGGAGUCUUCCUCAUCUUCAAAAGUAGAAGUCCAGGUAGAAGAGGGCCGCCGAAAUGUGCUUGAUUCAUCUGAAGAUGCUGCUCCUCGUGAAGAAGAUGAACGUGAUAGAAGACGAGGAAAGACAUCAUCUCAAUUAUCUGAAUCAUCUUCACCUGCUCCCGGAAUAAAUAACAAGGUUUUCUCAGAGGAUGUGCAUAAGCGUGUAGAGGCCGGUUCUUCUGAAGGAGCAUCAGGCGAAUUCGCAAGAGGUGUCGGAGAGGACCUCCCUAGCUGCUGCAGUUCUCCUGGAAAUCCACGCAGAAGUAACAGCUAUAAUAAAUACUGCGCGUCAACAAAGAAGAUGCAGCUUGGCGGGAAGAUUUUGUGUAGUAUUGGUAUUCUAGCAGGAGCUACAUCACUGGCACGUAAUAGUCGUAUCUUCACUUCUACAGGAGGACCAAGAACAAGUGUAAUCAUGGACGCGUCUAGUCAACAAAGGCAUGAACCAUAUGCUGGAGUAGCAGAUGCAGCUGCAGUAGUAGGAUGGGCGGGAGGACGCGAACAGAGCUCGAGAGCUAUUCUUGACGAAUAUUCAUCCAGUAUAGCAGGUGGAGAUAUACUAGAUCAUGGACAAAUCGGAGAUGGAGGGACAGCAUGGUCGUGUUCUGCAAAUGGAAUAGAAGGCGUUGCUAGUCGUGCUUCUGCCUGUGGACAAGGAGGAGAAUUAAGGGUAGGUUAAAGGUGCUUUUCUUACCGCUUUUUAUGGCUUCCUUAAGGGAGACAGGCAUAAAAAGCGGGAUAAACGAGCACCAAAAACCUACCGCUAAGAGAAGAACCACGAGGAGAAGGGACCAACUCUACUUCUACACUGUUCAACAUAACGAACAUAUCCCAGCAUCUAGUAGAUGAACCGUGGGCUACGCAAACCCUGUCUUUGGACCCGACGCCGGGCCUGGUUGUGGCUGGCCUCACUGCGGUCGUUGCCUGGUGGCGCGGUUUAUUUCCACAAAAUGUUCAUGUUGCUGGAGGACCUGGAGCUGGUGCAGAUAUAGCUGGAAGUGGAGCUGCGGAAGGCACUAACGCAAGCAUCAUGGAUGUGGAUCUAACAGUUAGAUCUGCUGACAUGACCAGAGCAGAGGAUCAACAAGAACAGUUUGGUCAGCUGUCGAUGAGCAGAAGCAAUCUCUGCGGACGAUCAAUACCUCCUUGUUCUUCAACGAACGGAACCGAAUGGCGGUUCAAUACAACAGGAGGCGGUCUGAAGGCAGCUGAUAUGUCGAGUCCUGCCAUGUAUCACAGCCCUAUAAGGAGCACCGCUGCAUCUUCUCCUGCUUCGUCUACUCCUUGUGGAGGCACUUUCUCGACUCCUGCUUCGCCUUGCUACAUCAAUGAUCACUCGAUCCACCUGCACCUGCAUCAUGAUGGAGCAGCUCCUCAUGGAGAUGGAGAGUCCAGCAGCUCAGCUACUACAGAAUCCCUUGUUCUGCAACUACGUCAAGAUACUCGAGGUUCAGCUAGUUUGUCUCCUGGAGCCUCUUCUGCAUCCCAAGUGCUCUCUGCGGUGUCGGAUGCUAUAGAAGAGAGAACACGGAUAAGAAGCUUGAAGCUUUUAUGAAGAAACGGCCACUGCUAACCAAGAACGUAUUAAGUAGCAAGUAUGCUGUUUCUGUAUGUGUAUCUAUGUGUUCUUGUAUCGUGAUCAUCGAUCCAGCACUGAAUGGUUCCGGUACUAUUGUUCGGUAACCUGAAUUUGAUCACAAGGAUCCUCUUCUUGAUGUUUUUCCUUACUAGGAUCAAAAUCAGGCUACCGAAUACCAGAACCAUCUUCCAAGCAACUUGAGCUUUAUGGAUCUCUCAGGAUAAUGAGCUUGAGCUAAAAACGUGAUUCUCGCCGUGGCAUGCUAGCUCUAAAAAAUACUGGCGACGACGUAGCUCACAUUCAACGCGGCACCUCUUUAUCUUCAACUGGAGGAACGGUCACACCUACAUCUUCUUCAUCAGCCGCGCCACCUACAGCGCCAAAACUACCUCCCCUAGUGUUCCUAGACUUACAACUGCUGCGUGAUCGUGAGCAGGAAAGGCUGCGUCUUGGGAAAAAGAUGAACAUAAGUAGAAGCGGAGAAGAGCAGCAGGCGGCGAUUUCAUCGGAAGGGAGUACUCGAUGUCCUAGUGCUGAAUCCGAGGCAAGGAGUCGCUCUCCCACACUUCUGCGGAACAAGGUUAUGAAAGCUAUACCUCCGUUAGUUGAAAAAAGCCCACCUUCACGAAGAUCCGCUCACAGAGAUGCCCUAGUUCGCUGGCGCGAAGUACAAAAACGCACAGUAAGAAAGUUUACUGAGCAGCAGCAAUCACGAGGUUGUAGGCAAAGGAGCGAGCAAGAAGAGGCAGCGGAUGAGAACAUGGAGAAAUAGAAGUUACUUUUCUUGACCACGUUGGUACUUCAAGUUCAACUUCUACUACAACUAGUAUUUAUUUUAGAUCAUUUGUAUUAAGUACAACUACUAGUUCAAUUUAUCGUGCUCGCAUGAUCGAGAAUGCGAAUGCCACGAACUGUGAGAUUGCGAAAAGAAUCCAAGAAUAUGUUCUUCCUGAAGAUGUUCAUGAAUCAAUAUUGUUAUCUUGUCAGCCCUUUUCUUUUCGAUAACGAUGACACAGACACCGCGAAAAACAACAUACUCUGUGUCUGUCCACAAAGAGUUUCACGAGUUGUAAGUUUUAGCGUCCCACUUUGGUGUUGUAAUGUUUAGUAAGUUUCAAAGCAGUGGCGCACGAGACGUCUCAGUAGCGUUUGUGAUUGUUAGGUCAAAAGUAACGCUCAACUAAGUUGUACUUGUAACUUCCCCUCUUACUUCCGUACCGCUUCGCAGUUAUUAUUUUGAAUUCUUGCGUGAGCUAUGGUUAUCAUCGUGACGAACAACUACGACACCCGUAUGGCAGUCUGCACUGAAAUUUCAGCGAGAUUUAUUGCAUUGAUGGAUUGUAUUACAUUUACAGCAUAAUUCUGCGAGAUUUAUUGUAUUGGAUUGUUGUUUGACAGCAUAUUAAUGCAUAGCCAUAAGUAGGAGAAACACCAAGUAGAAAGUUCUAUUGGUGUGACGUCUGAAAAACUACAUAAACAAAAUGUCAUUGUUUUGUAGCAGUCAUGCAAAAAAUACAAAUUACUCAUUCCAGGUAAAUGAUUGGUGCAUGCACUUAUCCUCAGCAGGAGGUGAGUGAAGAAGCGAUCAAUUAUGAUACCUCUGCGACACGUUGCUAUCACAUCCAGGCAUCUCACACUCACGCACAUCACCCCAAAAGGAAUAGAAGAAUGAUGUGAUGGACCAUGUGGUAAAGUAGUAGAAUACAGAGUGAGACUUAUGAUCGUGAUCCGAACGAAUGCGAAUGAACACAAA